AUGGGGAUGGCCUGGAUGGCAGGCCCGCGCCUGCUGCGGAUCUCCAAGAUCCGCGCCGCCGGGUGCCUGUUGUUGGUGGCGGUGGCCUUGGAUGUGAUUUUACUGUGCCCUUUCAGUUAUUGGACAGUUCAAGCCACAGUUGGUGUCCAUGAUGAAGCAGACAUGGCCCCAGCGGAAGCUCUUCUAUCGCAAACAUCAGAUGAAGUUGACAAUAUAACAGAACCACACCGCUUCUUACAGCGGCGACCACCGGUACUUGGCUUUCUCAGUCGAGCGGAUGCUGGGCAUUCAAAACGGGCGGAAGCUGCUGAAGAGGCCUCAGAUCAUGUGGACGUUGACGCUGUGUCUUCGGAUGGCACACGUCUUAGUGACGAUGCACCAGUUCAGGAGAGUUUGUUGAGACACGGUGAAACUGACAAAAAUGAUCAAGAGUUGCAAGGGAAGCUUUCAGAAUCCUACGAGCAAGCGGGCGGCCUUGCAGCUGAUGAGCGACAUAGCCCCGUGGAUGGCGCUGCUUCCGCAAAUAUUUCCGCAGAAUCAUCUUCUAUUGAAGACGACAAUGCUGCAGCGUCCACUGGAUCGACUCAGGGUGUGCGCCAAUUUGACAAAGAUGUUGAGAAUGGCUCUGCCUCCGAAAGGGAGGCCUCAGCCGCCGCCGACCGCGGCAUCGAAUACAACGAUGUUAGCCAUGGAUCCAUAGCGGGCCCACUACCUCGUUCAGUAAAGCAGAUGAAUGAUGAUGUGGCGGGACAAGACAACGGCGCAAAUGAUCAAAACGGACAAGCCGAUAGCGAUCCGGCUAUGGUUGACCAGCGGCAUGGUCGUGAAAACUCAGACACAGACACGUCCCAGGGGACGCGGAUGCAGCACGAUAAUGUGCGAAAUGGUGAAAUCCACGAGGCAGAUACGCAGACUCAUCCAUCAGCAGACAUUCCGCUUCAAAACACACAUCAAGAAGACAUAACGCACGCCGAGACGGAAAGCUCCUACGUCGUCUCCACCGAGAUGUUAGACAGCGAAACGUGGGAAGUUAUAUCUGGCGUCGAAAGCGUUGCAGAUGGCGAAGCAGGAAGCUCUGAUGUGGCAGCGGACGUCCUUCAGAAACACGCAGAAACUGUGCAGUCCGAUUUCAUCGAAAUGGACGAGGCUGAGAUGGGCUCCCGCAUGGGUUACAGCCCGCCAGACGACGUUCAAGCCUCUGGACCCAAGAGCACCGUCAUCGCGUCUUGGCAGACACUGGGGCCAACGGAGUCUGCGGCCACGACAGAUGCAAACGGCACAGAACGAGGUACUACACGAUACGAGCAGGACUCUAGCAACUUACCUGAAGCCCAUGUUUUUGCUGAUGCCGCCAGUUUAGACAGAAGGAAUCAGUCCGAUGUUGCUACACCAGAUGCAACAGCAGACGCAACGAUUGACGAGCGCAAAGUGGAACGUGCAGCCGCUCACGGCACACCAAUAUCUCAAUCAGGUACCAUGGUUGUUAAACAGCCAGAGGGUGGCAGCGCCAGUGGGUGGUACGAUCUUUACGAACAAGUUCCACCGGCACAUCUCGGAGCUGCUAUUCCAACUGCACGUCUACCAGCUUCCCGUGAUAAAGAUAUGGGCGCUGCUGACCAAGCAAGCCAGCAUGAUGAUCUCGACGCUGACUCCGUCUCCGUUCAAAUCAGACGUGAGCCUGGAUUAGUACUUGAUUCACCACGUCUCGAAGGUGCAUCCGCUGAUACGCAAAACCAAGAAGACCCUGUUGAGGCUGCCGAAACACCGACCGGCAAAAUAGCGGCUGAUCUGUUGCAGCAGCUCCAUAGUCCACCACCGGCUAGCGCCCUGGCUGAGGAAGAGCCCACAACGGAAGGGGCGGAUUCGAGGUCCACGAGCAACGAGCAAACACCAAUAGUGACAGUCAAGCCCGCUGAGCUGUCCGCUAUCGCAUCGGCAACAGGAAAAGUUACAGAAGGACAAGGAGAGGGGCGCACUUCGGCAAGAACGAAACCCGUGAUGCGCCACCAUACGCGGUCCCCCCCUCCGAAACCACAGAGCUCGCAAGCAGCAUCGCAAGAUGCUGCAUACCCCAUGGAAACACAGCCACACUAUAUGCCUCAACCCCAACCGAAAAUGAACUCCCAACUCGCCGGCUUUUUUAGCCUCUUGCCAACGAGGGACAUUUUAUCUUUGGUGACAGCAGCACAGGCGCUCGAACUGAAGCCUCUGUUGGACUUGAGCACAACUCUGGUGGGCACUGGCGGCGUCCGGGGGACGCCAAUAGCACCAACAAGCGACCAGCAAGCUGACGCAUCGCGACUUCAGCAACACCUAGAACAAUCCAUUAGCCUAGCAGAGGACUACAUCAGAAAGUAUCUUCCAGGAGCCGGAUCCGGGGCGAGCCGGGUUCAGAAGGCCUGGCGGAUGUUGCCAUUUUCGGACUCCAUUGGCAAGCGCACGUUCGACACAAACGACACAGUCGACGUCGGGUACCUUGAUUAUGAGGUUCUUAUUGACAGCAAUGCGCCCGAUCCGGAGACAGACGAUCUAUCCAAGCUUCUCAGGCAUCGGAUGGGUCAGCUCAGCGCCUUCGGUCAAGCACAUCAGCUGAUGGUCCCCAGUCUUCAGCAAAACAACAGCACAAAUUUAGCAGCUGUAUGGAAUGGCUUCCUGCAGCAGGGAAACAACACCCCUGGCCUUCCUGUCACACUGACCUCCCUGUUGCGACAAUUCUCCUAA